AUGCCUGCGCCCACAACCCACCACACCCGCCUGCGCCACGGCGCCCCGACGCUCCUGCUCCUCCUGACGGCUCUCGCCACCACCCUCGCCUGCCGCCACCUGCCUCCCUGCCACUCCACCUUCCCCUGGGACAGCCUCAGCAUCCUCCGGGACAUGGCUCCCAGACCGCCACAGCCCUGCCAAUACCAACAGGCGCCCUUCCCCUUCCCCGACACCCUCCUCCACAACAGCCACCCACAGCAAGCCGCCGCCACCGCCCGACACAUCCUCGACAACCUCUUCGCCACCCUCAGCGCACAGAGCACCCCCCAACACUGGGACGACCAGGCACGCCAUCGCCUCCUCAACAACCUCCACCGCCACAGCCAGCAGCUCCAGCAAUGCCUCGCACCCAACGGCACGCUCUCCCAAGGACAAGGGCCCCGCAACCGCACGCUCACCAUCAACAAAUACUUCGGGCGCAUCCACAACUUCCUCCACACCCACAACCACAGCGCCUGCGCCUGGGACCACGUCCGCCUCGAAGUUCGCGCCUCUUUCCAGCGCCUCCACAACCUCACCCGCACCAUGUGCAAUUAGACCAACCGCCCCGACCAACCCGCGCGCACCCACGCGCCCCCGCCACCACUUCUCCAACACCGACGCGGCCCCACCGCGGGCCUCCCGCCUCCCCUCACCCGUGCCAAGAGCCGCUGCAACAACGGCCCUGCGCCCUCAGCCUCCACUGACCCCCUCCCCUAUUUAUACAACUCCCUCUAUUUAUUUUCACAAUGCCUUUUAUCUAUUUAUUCACCUAUUUAUUCCACAGACAAUAAAGACCUGUUGCAAAAACCGUGACACUGCCUCGCCUCUCACAAGCACAGCCACCAGCCUUUGGCGUGGCGGGAAGCCACCUCCACUCAACACCUACUCCGCUCAACCCCUGCUCCAAACAGGGCUCCGCACAUCCCGCGCCCGCUCUUCUCUUUGCCGCCUCCCCAAGGAGCCGCUGGCCUCAACCUCCUGCCAAAACCUCCGCGCCAGCCUUUAGCCAUCGUCAUCACCAUCGGCUCGGCGGCCCUCCCCCUCCUCAACACUGUCCACCUUCCACCCCGCUUCACAUCAACUCACCAUCAGAUCCCCAGUCCUCACUACAAGGACAGCACGGACCUCUCGGAGCGGGUCCAGACCAGGGCUACAAACACCCUCACAGGGAUGGAACACCUCUCCUGGGAGGGCAGGAUGAGAGAGCUGGCGUUCCCCAGACGGGAGAAGGGAACGCUUCAAGGGCGCUUGGAAGAAACACGGGGACGCGACUUUUUAGCAGGGCCUCUAGCGACAGGAGAGGGGGUAAACGGCUUUAAACACACACAGAAGAGACCCAGACUAGACACAAGGAAGCCAUCUUUUACCGUGAGGGGGCUCAAACGCUGGCACAGCUUGCCCACAGACGUCCUACACGCCCCGCCCCGGCAAACAGGCAAGGGCACGUCGGAGGGCGCUCUGGGCAACAGGAUCCCCUUCAAAAAGGCCCUGCGCGGGGCCGGGGGGUUGCACCAGACGACCUUGAAAGCUCCCGCCCAACCCAAACCACUCAACCACUCUAUCGCUUGCAUCCGCCUGACUUCCGCUACUCUUCCCACCUCAGGCAGCUUUCAAGACAACGCUCGCCCUGCGC